AUGGCGCCACCUUCUUCAACCGAUACUGUACCUUUCAGCGAGGAGAUCAAUCCAAUUGAGGAUGGAAGUAUGAAGGAUGCAUGGAACAAGUUUUCCGACUGGGUUUUACACGCCGCGCAGGGCAUUAAUGACGAAACGCUCGAACAUCCUUACUUCAUCUCAUUCGCUCUGCUCAUCCUCUGGGCAUGGCCGCAUAUUCUCAUGCUCCCCGUUUGGUUCGGCAAGGAUGCCUAUCGACGCAUGGACGGACACGCACGUAACGCUGUUGGAAGAGCUACAGCUCCCGUGCGGCGCAGGAAGCGCGACACAUUCAUGGCGACCUACCAUUCAAUGACGAAUGCUUCAUAUGAGCCAUACGAUACGUCUCGUCCUCCGUUAUUCGGUGGAACACCUCUAAGCGAUGGAGAUUUCUCAGUUGAGGAAGAUCGUAGGCUUCCCAUUGCAUUGCGUGUCAUCCGCUGGUUUGCGUUGGCGUGGUCCGUGUUCAUUCUUGGUCGCGAGCUCUACUUCUUCGUGGCACGUUACUGA